CACCGGCCACAAAUACACCGGGCACGGGGUCGCACCGUCGCAGGCCUCGCCAACGCCAACAGCACCCCACCCUCUCUCUCUAAAGGAAAUUGCCAGCGACUUCAUGUGAAGCUUGGAAAGAGAGAAGGAUAGAGCGGCCGGGGGAUCGAGAUCCCGUCGGUGGGCAGAGGUUGCGAAGCGUGUGAUUAUCUUCUCUGGAUAAUUCUUGAUUUCGGUUUCGAAGCUUCUGGUACAGUGGUGAGUUGAGUAGCUCCUAGGGUUACUCCCGAUUUCAGCUUCAAGGGGGGAAGGCAUAUGGGAUUCGAUUUCGUGGACGUUGGUGGAAUAGAUUGAGAUGAAAUGCAUGCUACGGUCCGGCAUUGUUAUUAUCAAGACCAAAGAUGGCAAUUUGGAGGGCGGAAACAGCUAUUUAUGCGUUUCUUAUGGUCUUCUGCUGCUGUUAUUGCCUCAAGAAGACUCGAUUAGGUUUUGAUCAUGACCAGGGCGGUACGCAGGAAUUUUCUCAAAGAUGAGAGCAGUGCAAUCCGUAAUCAUCUCAAGGAUGAGUAUGGUGCCAUCAGCGACCAUCUCUGCAACCACGUGCACCUGACCAAUUGCAUCCACUUGAAGAGCCACAUGCACCGCCACAGCCCCAACCCGGCCGAGAGGUCCCUCAUGAGGGAUCUCAUUGUCCUUCAGAAGUCCAGAUCCCUUAGAGAUCCCUCCACCAGUCCUCCAUCAUGGCUUUCCCCUUACAUCGGGGGCAGCUGCGCUAAGAGACCGGCAAAGGAUGGUGCGGUGCAUGGUGGAGGGAGUUCUCUAGGUGUUGAUGGGCGAAGGGAAGUGGGACGGUUGUUCACAAGCUCACCAUGGGCUGCAGGUGUUGCAACAUCAAGAGUUGCUGCUGCAGGUUCAAGCAGCGAUCACAAACUUGAGGGCAGAGAUAUAGAUGCUGAAAUGAAUAAAGGGGAAGAGCACAGCAGAAAGAGUCGAAGGAGUAAUAUUUCGCAUGGAAGGAGCGAUCCUCCUGAAGACUUACCCCAAAAGGUGGAGGCAAAGGACAAUAGGAUUUCCCAGAGGGGUACCCGUGGACAGGGUGCCCGUCUCAAGACUCUCUCAGAGCAAUUGGAGGAGGUUGCGGGUCUUACAGACAAUGAGAGGAGGAAUCCUUCUCAUUUAUGUCAGCAUGGGAGGCACACAGGCGAAGAGAAGAUCCGUAAGGAGCCAGAAGCAAGCAGUUAUGGCCAUUCUAAUAGGUUGAACAGGGGCAGGAAGCGUAGGUUUAAAGGUGGGAGGAGGGCUUGUGGUUCUACUGAUUCUAGAAGUUUAGGAGCUCACAAUAAUAUGUCUACUGAUUCGAAAUCGUUAGCUCAAGUUUCAGUGAAUCGGAAGUUUUACAUGGGGGAAGGAUCAGAAGAGGAUGCUGAGCUAGAAUUUGCGCAGGUGCCAAGACAUGUAUGUGGGAUUCCAUGGAAUUGGUCAAGGAUUCACCAUAGAGGCAAAACAUUUCUAGAUUUGGCAGGAAGGAGUUUGUCCUGUGGGCUAUCUGAUUCAAGGCUGAGAAAAGCUGAAGGCUCUGUUGGCCAGAGCCAAGGGAAUACUUCAAACAUGCCUCAAAUUGCAUCUGAUCAUUUAAGUUCGUCGACAGGCUCUGAUUCAGAGGCACUACCAUUACUUGUCGAAGCAUCAGGAUCGCAGCAUAGUGGUGCCAAUCCUCCUUAUUUGGCGCGGGAUUAUGCAGGAAAACUUGGAAAUUUUUCCAAUCACAGCUUAAGAGAUGAAGACUCCGACCUUGCAUCUGAAGCAAAGGCAGGUAAUCAGCAGAAAUCUAGAGGGUGCUGCCAUGGUAGGCAUCGAAGCCUGACCCAGAAAUACAUGCCAAAAACCUUCAAAGAUCUUGUGGGGCAAAACUUAGUUGUGCAAGCUCUUUCAAAUGCUGUUUUAAGGAAGAAAGUUGGGUUGAUUUAUGUCUUCUAUGGACCUCAUGGAACAGGGAAGACAUCUUGUGCUCGUGUAUUUGCUAAAGCUUUGAACUGCCAAUCUGUGGAGAAUCUGAAACCUUGUGAUUUCUGUGCUUCCUGCAUCUCACAUAAUUUGGGUAAGAGUCGAAAUGUGGUGGAAGUGGGGUCAGUCAGUAAUUUUGACUGUGAGAGCAUAAUGGAUGUUCUUGACAACAUAACACUAUCACCAUCAUCAUCACAGUAUAGAGUGUUCAUUCUUGAUGACUGUGAUACGUUGCCCCCUAAUUCAUGGGGUGUCAUCUCGAAGAUCAUUGACCGAGCACCCAGGCAUGUGGUCUAUAUCUUUGUCAGUUCGAAUCUUGACCAUUUGCCUCAUAUAAUCAUUUCCCGAUGCCAGAAGUUCUUUUUUCCAAAACUGAAAGACUCCGAUGUCAUCUCUACCUUGCAGUGGAUUUCAACCAGUGAAGGCUUAGAAAUUGAGAAGGAUGCUUUGAAACUAAUAGCAUCACGAUCAAAUGGAUCAUUAAGAGAUGCUGAGAUGACCCUUGAUCAGCUGAGUUUGCUUGGGCAAAGAAUUUCUCUACCUCUUGUUCAGGAGCUUGUUGGUUUGGUGUCUGAUGAAAAAUUGGUGGAUCUGCUUGAUUUGGCAUUGUCUGCUGACACUGUGAAUACUGUGAAGAGCUUAAGAGAGAUAAUGGAAACUGGAGCGGAGCCUCUAGCAUUAAUGUCACAACUUGCUACAAUUAUUACUGAUAUCCUUGCAGGUAGCUAUGUAUUCACACAAGAAAGACUACGCAGAAAGUUUUUUCGCCAACCAACCUUACCCAAGGAAGAUAUGGAAAAAUUGCGUCAGGCUCUGAAAACACUAUCUGAAGCUGAAAAACAGCUGAGGGUGUCAAAUGACAAAUUGACAUGGCUUACAGCUGCUCUGCUUCAACUUGCUCCAGAUCAACAAUAUAUGUUGCCAAGUUCUGCAGAUGCCAGUCUCAAAAAUAGCCCAUUGGUGCUAAACAACUACAGCAACAGAUAUAAACCUAGGAAUUUUUGUAAUGAGCAGGAUGAGAUGCAUAUUUGUGAUAGGAACUUGUCAAGAGGAACUGCAAUUGGAAGUCAUGGCAGCAUAGGUGGUAAUGAUGUAGUUCGUGCUAAUGGUAAGAUGAUCGAUAAUCAUCUCAGUGGAACAGGACAUGGUGAGCACACUCCAUGCUGUCUUAUGCGAUCAAGUGGAGCUUCUAAAGAAGGUAAAGGAUAUAAUUAUGGCAAAACCAACAAGGAUAAUGAAAAGAUCUGGCGAGCGGUACUUGAGAGUAUUCAAUCAAGCAUGCUAAGGCAAUUUUUAUCUCAAGAAGGAAGGCUCAAUUCAGUCAGCCUUGGUGCUGCCCCAACUGUGCAAUUGUUGUUCAGCUCUCAAGUAAACAAAUCCAAAGCUGAGAAGUUCAGAGGACAGAUUUUACAAGCAUUUGAAUCCGUACUUUCUUCUGCGGUAAAACUUGAAAUCAGAUGUGAAUCUAGGAAAGAUGUGAAAUCAGAUGUCAAAAAUCCACAUGUUUUGCCUGCUUCUGAGAAUUAUCAUAUGACAAUGCGGCAAUCUAUCAUCAAUCGAAAUUCACUUUAUCCAGGAUCUGAAAAACUUUUAAGAAGGCUGCUUCCAAAAGAAAAUGGUGUCAAAGGGAUUGGCUCCAGUCAAGCUAGAUGGUUGCACUGUGAUCCCCAUGUAAUGGCAGGAGGUGAAAUCAUUGAAACAGGAGCUUCACCUCUAGGGCAUGGGAACGUUGAAUUAACUAAUAACAGUAUAGGACCUAGGGAGGGACUUGAAGGUGCAUGGGUUGAAGAAGCUUCAUCAUUGCAGCACCAAGGUAACUUGGUUCCUCAUAGUAGGGAAAGUGAUGGACAAUAUCGGAGACAAAGCUUGGUUAGAGGAAAAGUAUCCCUUGCACAUGUCAUUCAACAAGCUGAAGGUUGUUCACAGCAAGGUGGAUGGUCUAGACGCAAAGUAAUAUCGAUUGCUGAAAAGCUUGAACAAGAAAACAUG